ACGAGGACUGCGGCCGGAAGGGCCUUUGGCGGACAACUCACACGACUACAUGGAGAGGCGCCGGCUUUUGUGCCGGCAUCAGUAUCUGCAGGAGCCUUGUCGACUACGAGUUCGCAGGCAACAAACACGAAACCUCAUUCUCCUCACACCUCGAAGAAAGGCCUGAGCCGCCCAACACCACAAACCCAAGGCAGAAAAGCGCCAGUAGCUCGCUCGACGGCCCCGGAUAUAGCCACGCGAAUACACGAAGACAUCCUACACAACCUCUACGAGUGUGCCAUCUGCACCAAUGAGAUCGGUCGCCAUUCCAAAGUCUGGUCAUGUCGGACUUGCUGGACAGUCUUCCACAUUGGCUGCAUCAAGAGGUGGUCGAAGAACGAAGGCUCAGCCGUACACCGGCCAGUGGCGCAAGAGAAUCAAGAGACACCGGCAGAGAAACAAUGGAGAUGUCCCGGCUGCAAUCUGCCGAAAGACACCUCGCCC